AUGAAUUAAGACAUUUAUAUCAAAAAAUAAUGGUUCAUAAAAAGUCGAGAAGGGAAGGUCGAAGAUUAUUAUAUUUUAGACAAUAAAGUUUAAUUACAAUAUCAUCUAUUUAGGAACUCUCUUCUGGUUCAUUUGGAAAGGUUUAUUAAGCAAAACCUAAACUCUUGAAAAAUGAUCCAAUGAGAGCUGUAAAAGUAAUACCAAAAAGACUUAUUGAAAAUAAAGAUAGAUUCCUUUAAGAAGUAGAAAUUCUUAGAAAUCUUGAUCAUCCAAAUAUUAUCAAACUAUAUGAGACUUUUGAAGAUGUUCGGAAUAUUUAUUUAGUCAUGGAGUAUAUUUGUUGAUUUUAAAUUAUUUAGACUUUGUACUGGUGGUGAAUUAUUUGAUUAAAUUGUUACUCAUGGUUAAUUAAGUGAAAAGGAUGCACAAUAAGUGUUCAUUUAAAUAAUGAGAGCCAUUUCUUAUUGUCAUAGUAAAGGUAUUGCUCAUAGAGAUUUAAAACCUGAAAAUUUCAUAUAUUAUGAUGAUAAACCAGGAAGUUUAUUGAAAGUAAUUGAUUUUGGAUUGUCUCGUGUAUUCAGAUAAUCAGGUUAAUAAGAGAAAUAAAUGAUGAAGAGUAGAACUGGCUCAGUAAUCAUUAAAUUUUAUAAUUAGGUUUAUUAUAUAAGUCCAGAAGUUUUGGAUGGUUAAUAUGAUGAAUUAUGUGAUGUAUGGUCAGCUGGAGUUAUUCUAUAUAUUUUACUUACAGGAAUCCCACCUUUUAAUGGAAAUAGUGAUGGAGAAAUUGUUAAAUAAAUUAAAGCAGGAAAAUUUAAUUUAAAUUUAUCUGAAUUAUAGGUUGUUUCUGAAAGUGCUAAAGAUCUUAUUUAGAAAAUGAUUUGUAAACAUUCUUAAAGAUUAAAUUCUCAAUAAGUAUUAUAGCAUGAAUGGUUACAAAAUCUAAAUUAAAAUGAUUCUAAAUUAUCUCUUAAUUUUGAUUCAUUAAAGUAAUUCACUUAACAAAGUAAAUUAAAAAAAGUAUAAAAAUAAUUAUUAAUUUUAUAGAUUGUGCUUGCUUAAAUAGCAUCUUAAGUAAGUUUAAAUGAAAUUGGAGAACUUAGUAAAUUAUUUUAAACUUUAGAUAAAGAUGGUAAUGGAUAAUUGAGUUUUGAAGAAUUUAAGAAUGGAUUUAAAGAAAAGAAAAAUGAUCUAUUGCAAUAUUUUGAAGCUAUUGAUACUGAUUCAUCAGGAUCAAUUGAUUAUAAUGGUUUUUAUAAUUGAUUUUUUAUUACUAUAGAAUUCAUAGCAGCCAUGAUGGAGAGGACAUUCUAUUUAAAAUAAGAUAAAUUAUUAUAAGCCUUUUAAACAUUUGAUUUAGAUAAUGAUGGAAAAAUAACUGCAUUAGAAUUAAAAAAAGUGCUUGGAGGUAAUAAAUAUAUAAAUAUUAAUAUAUAGAUAAUGAUUAUUAUAAUAAAAUUGAUUCUAAAUUUUGGGAAUCCUUAGUGAAAGAUGGAGAUUUUGAUGAAGAUGGUAAAAUUGACUAUUUAGAAUUUGUUGAAAUGAUGAGUGAUUUAUGA